AGGAGAAGAAAAAGAAAAAAGCGAAGGCAAUACUUGAUUUAGCGAUUGAUUGAAAUUGUUGAAAUUGUUAGUUAUUUAUAGAGUUAUAGAGACAGUGAAUUUGUCAAAUAAUUGAUCAGCAAAUGUGCGUAACAAAAUGAAAGUAACAAUCAAGUCAUGGACGGGAGUUGCAUCUUGGCGUUGGAUAGCGAAUGACGAGAACUGUGGCAUCUGUCGCAUGUCCUUCGAGAGCACCUGUCCCGAGUGUGCGCUGCCCGGCGACGAUUGCCCACUGGUGUGGGGUGUCUGCUCCCACUGCUUCCACAUGCACUGCAUUGUCAAGUGGCUGAACUUGCAACAGUUGAACAAACAGUGUCCAAUGUGCCGCCAAAGUUGGAAAUUCAAUAUACACUAAAAGAGCCACACACAACAAAUACAGAUACAAAAGCAAA